CAUCGACUGUGCAGGGAUAUUAAAGCUCAGAAACUCUGACAUCGAGCUACGCAAGGGAGAGACGGACAUCGGUCGGAAGAACACGCGCGUGCGGCUGGUCUUCAGGGUUCACAUCCCGCAGGCCAACGGCAGGACCCUCUCCUUGCAAGUAGCCUCCAACCCCAUCGAGUGCUCUCAGCGAUCUGCCCAAGAACUGCCUCUGGUGGAGAAGCAAAGUACUGACAGCUUUCCUGUUACUGGAGGGAAAAAAAUGAUACUGACUGGCCAUAACUUUCUGCAAGACUCCAAAGUCAUCUUUGUGGAGAAAGCUCCAGAUGGUCACCAUGUGUGGGAAAUGGAAGCCAAAACCGACAAAGAAAUGUGCAAGCCA